CAAAAUAUCAAUAUCAAAGUUCUGUGACAGUCUAGUGUGUGACUUGUGACAGAGAGAGAGAGAGAGAGAGAGAGAGAGAGAGGAGGAGAGAGACUCUUCCACUUCUUGUCACGUGUUUGCUCUCUUUUUGCAUUCAUGCCGCCGAGGAAGCGAAAGGCCGCGGAAGAGGAGAAGCCGGUGAUGCCCACUGCCACGCCGUCCAGGGUUACUAGAAGCGCUACGGUGGGGAGGGUGACUCGGAGCAUGACUCAGCUAGGGAAGGCGAAGUUGCUUGUCUCGCCCCGGCGCGCUGUACGGAAGACGAAGAAAGCCGAAACGAGCAAGAAGAGUAAGAAUGCUCAGCCGCAGGAGAACGCGGACGAAAAGGAGGGAACAGAAGAUGCUUCUGCGGCCAAGACCAUCAUUAUUGAGCAUUGCAAGCAGGACACUUCAUUCAAGAACAAGGCUGCUCAGGUGAAGGCUCGUUUGGAGCAAGAUGUUUCUGGUAUCAAAGUAGUUCUCAACCCUGAGAAGCCUAGGAAGGGAUGCUUUGAAAUACGGGAGGAUGGUGGAGAGACAUUCAUAAGUCUUCUGGACAUCAAACGACCAUUCAAAGCAGUUAAGGAUCUUAUCAUAGAUCAAGUCAUCUCUAAUAUACUUGGAAAGAUAAAUGGAUGAGCUGAGCUACUGUCAUCUGGUGAAUCACACUUGAAACUAGAUUGUUAUGAGGGAGGAAACCUUGAAACUACUGAUUCUUUUUGUUUGUUGAUUGUGGUGAUGUUGCUGAUACACUCGUAGAAAGAUCAAAUUCAUACAAGCGGCUCUAGGUUGCCGUGCUAUACUAAAAUCAGUUCCUGUUAGUGAUUGAAGCAAAAACAAGUUGAAUUGGAUUGCUGGGGCAAGUUGAAGAUUUUGCUGUACAGAUCUGCCAUUCCAAUUAGACUAUGAUUUUGCUA